CGUAUUUAUUCUGCGUUGGCCUUAACUUCAAUACUAGGUUGUAAAUAAGACGGCAUGAGAUAACCUAUAAUCGAUGUAUAUUUGUUUAUAUUCAAAAAUUUAGUUCAAAUUUCAAAACAAUUCAGAUAUAUGAAAUAUUUUGUUUAUAAUUUUCGUGAAAGUUUAUUGAAGGAUGCCUUCCAGUUGUAUAGUUGACAAGUGUAUUUCAGCUUCUUUAAUCAGAAAAGGACGAAAAUUGUCUCUUUUCAAACCCAGGGAAAGUACUUUGGAAUUGUGGAGACAAAUAGUUCCCACAAAAGAUAAUAAAGAAUUAUUGAAAAGUCAUGUCGUUUGUGAAUUACAUUUCAAUGAAAAUGAUAUGGACAAAACGUUCAAAACUAUAAUAAAUGGUGUCCAACAUGAAAUGCAAAAAGAAAAGAUAAGUUUAAAAGUAGGAGCUGUGCCUUCACUACUUUUAAGUAAUGUUAAGGACAAACUUGACUAUUCACAAAUUAUCAAAGAGAAGCAAAUUAUUGCUUUGCCGUCGAAAAAUUGGUCUGUUGUUCGUACAUCUGAAUUUAUUGUCUGGAUAAACUGGAUUAAUAACAAUCCACAUACGGACAGACGCAUUAUACUAUAUCCUGAUAUGAAAAUAAAAGUGUUUGUUUAUGGAAAUGAGGUGAAAGAGAAAGAUAUGGAUGUUAAAUCUGUUGGAGACUUAAUUGCUCUUUUUGAAAAACUUGAGAAGUUUUUCCCAUGUGGAAGUUCUGGUACUUGCAGAUCUGAAAACUGUAUUGGCUUUAUUAUACAAAAAGAAAAACAUGAAAGAGGACGAAAAUUCGUCCUUUGUGCUGCUUGCUCGAAAUUUACUAAAAAAAUAAAUCGUCAGAAAAGAGAGAGUGACAAAUUAAUGAAAGUGAAAUGUAAAAUAGAAAAAUUGUAUAAGAAUUCCAAGAAUACGCAUCAAAAAUGCAAAAGACUACUCGACAAGGUAUAAGUAUUGAAUAUAUAUAUAUAUUGUAUAUGGAGUACAUUCAAGGACAUGUAAUUUUCUUUGUUUUCAAUUUGUGAAAAUAAAACAGAAUCAAGAA